AAUUCCAAAACCCUGAAAACCUCUAUGCCUGAUCAGUGAUCUCUCUCAGCCAAACCCUCCGGCCUUCUUCCUCUGGCCAUGGCUGCCUCCAUUGCUCGAACUCGAACCCUCGUCAAUCGAAGGAUUCAAUGCCUUCAUGGAUUCCUUUCUUCUCAUUUGACUCCAUCUCUUCCAAACUCCAAUCCUUGGAGGUUGAGGAAUUAUCUAAUGGAAUUAAGUCGAGUUUGUAGCACUGUGGGAAGUUGGAAUUCAGGAUUUUCCAUUUCAAAGUAUUCUACGCACUUGUGUGCGACUAAGAGAGGCUUUAUGACUGUUUCAUCUUCAUUUAAUGCCACCUUUCCUAUGACGGUGCAAGAAAUCAUUCCAUCUGGAUUGUGCUGUUUGGGUAGAUUGCAUUCUGUUAGAUUCUCAAGCAAUUCAGUGGUUACUUUGAUUACAGAUGAUAAUGUGGUCAAGUUUUCCUUUGAUGAACCGAAUGACAAACCGGGAAUUCAGAAGAAUGGAAAGAAAACUACUAAGCGUAAGAUGUCAAGAAAAGCAAAAGUAAAUGAACUCAAAUGGUACCGCCUAAAGGCAAAAAAGAAGAUGAAAUCUCCAAAUCCAGAAGUUAGGAUUAGAUACAAACUUGAAAAGGCUAAAAGGAAAGAAGAAUGGCUGAUUGAGAAACUUAGGAAAUAUGAGAUCCCAAAAAUACCAGAGCUUGAAAAUGAUCCUGAAAGCCUCACAGAAGAGGAGCGGUUUUACCUCAAGCGAACAGGCGAGAAGAAAAAGAAUUAUGUCCCUGUAGGGAGGCGUGGAGUCUUUGGUGGUGUAGUUCUCAACAUGCAUCUCCAUUGGAAGAAGCAUGAAACAGUAAAAGUUGUUUGCAAGCCUUGCAGACCAGGACAGGUGCAUCAAUACGCAGAUGAGCUAAGCCGUCUCAGCAAAGGCAUUGUGAUUGACAUAAAAGCUAAUAAUACUAUCAUGUUUUACCGUGGGAAGAACUAUGUGCGGCCAGAUGUUAUGUCACCUCCUAACACUCUUUCAAAGGAGAAGGCCCUUGAAAAAUAUAGGUUUGAGCAAUCUCUUGAACACACAAGCCACUUCAUUGAGAAGCUGGAGAAGGAGCUGGAAGAAUAUCAUAAACAUGUGGCUUUGUACAAAAAGAAGAAAGAGACUUCAAUAAAACCUUCCAAAAUUACUGACGACUGAUGGUCCUCCCUGAAUGAAACUGCUAUUGAUUUGUCAUCAAUAUGUGGUCCUAGUAGAUUACGCAUUAGAAAACCAGAACGCAUGCUUCCAAAGGUUCUUCACCAUCUGUCAUGUUGCAUUUUUCUACAUCCAUUGCUUGAGGUGAUUACUCAGGCUCCUCAGCCUUGGGAUUUGUUUUGUUAAUGAGCAGCUUCUCCUUUUUGAUGCUGCCAAAGCUAUGAUGCAAACAAGUCACAAGGAACCUCAGGAAAAAAGCUCAUUCAUUGUGCUCAUUCACUGUGGCCAGUAAGGACUGAGAUGAAUGAUAAUGCAGGUCAUCAUCCAAUCCAAACAUAGAAAAGAGGAAAUCAAAAGCUACCCACUAGAGUUGUGAUAUUGGUGUGAUGUUACAUCCCCUCACUGGUCUAUUCAUACAAGCAGUUUGCACAUUGAUCAAUCCAAUAAAUGGUGUUACUUUUGAUUGUUUGGUCCAAUUGAAUGUGAGAAUUUUGCAGGGAUUAAAUUUUCUUGAUUGAUUAGUUAAUGUGGUUAGUGGGAUUCUUGAGCUGAUGUAAUUCUGGAAUGAUGUUUCUCCAAAUCCAGCUUCAUUAGUAUUAAAAUUUAUUCGCUGGACAAACUGUAGCAGAUUUACAAAAAUACCCUUGUACAUGUAUGAUUAAUUCAUUCA